CAAACUCCGCGCAGCAGGAGGACGUGAUCGCUACUGCCAACCUGAGCCGCAAAGCCAUCUCCGAUAUGCUGACUACCUGCAAGCAAGCUGCACACCAUCCUGAAGUGGGCGAGGACUUGAGAGGAAAAGCCUUACAGUAUGGCACUGAGUGCACCACCGAAUACAUCAACCUUCUAGAGCAAGUGCUGCAGGUGGUACAGAGACCCACGCCGGAGCAGAAGCAGCAGCUGGCCAUGCAUUCGAAGCAUGUGGCAGCCUGUGUGACGGAGCUCGUCCAGACAGCUGAGGCCAUGAAAGAUGGAGGAUCAGACUGCGUGGACCCCGAGGACCCCACCGUCAUCGCUGAGACCGAGCUCCUCGGAGCAGCAGCCUCCAUUGAAGCCGCUGCCAAGAAACUGGAGCAGCUCAAGCCCAGGGCCAAGCCCAAGCAGGCGGAUGAGACGCUGGAUUUUGAGGACCAGAUCUUAGAAGCAGCGAAGUCCAUCGCUGCAGCAACCAGUGCUCUUGUAAAAUCUGCAUCAGCAGCUCAGAGAGAACUGGUGGCACAAGGCAAGGUGGGAUCCAUUCUAGCUAAUGCGGUAGAUGACGGCCAGUGGUCACAGGGUCUCAUAUCAGCUGCUCGUAUGGUAGCAGCCGCCACCAGUAACCUGUGUGAGGCAGCUAAUGCUUCAGUGCAGGGCCACGCCAGCGAGGAGAAGCUAAUCUGUUCCGCCAAGCAAGUUGCAGCCUCCACGGCUCAGCUGCUGGUAGCUUGCAAGGUGAAGGCAGACCACAAUUCUGAAGCCAUGAAAAGAUUGCAGGCUGCUGGCAAUGCGGUAAAGCGGGCUUCAGACAACCUGGUCAAAGCAGCUCAAAAGGCAGCAUUUGACAAGACAGAGGAUGACAGCGUUGUGGUGAAGACCAAAUUCGUCGGAGGCAUUGCUCAGAUUAUCGCAGCCCAGGAGGAGAUGUUGAGGAAGGAGCGAGAGCUGGAGGAGGCUCGGAAGAAGCUGGCUCAGAUCCGACAGCAGCAAUACAAAUUCCUGCCCAGCGAACUGAGGGAGGACGAAGGCUGACUAAGCCUGCGGGCGAGGAGGCUGAUGUGCAGAUGACAGCCUCUCCUGAACAGGAGACGAUGCGGAUGUACCAUCGCCCGCUUUGCUCCGACGGCACUAAAGACUUUAUUCAGCACUUGAAACAGGCCUGUUUGUCGACAAGAACAAGUGCCUGUGCUUUGUAGUGUACUUGUUUGAGUGUAAGUGUGUGUGAUGUGUUUGUCAGUGAAUGGCUUCAACAUUCAGACUUUAAUAUAAGGAAAGUUGUUAUUGUGAGCAAACAGAGAGAAAUUGAUAGUUAUUUUCAGUGUGGGUAUUAGUGCAUCACGAGCAUUAACGACUGUUACCGGCAUGAAUCAAAGAUCUUACAAAGGCUAAAUCUCUGACUAAUAACAGAACGUUAUUUAACUGUUUAGAGAAUAUGAUGAAAUUGAUGUUUUGAAAACAAAGGUUUGUAGCUUACGUUUUAUAUGGAAAAUUCCUCUAAGGAUGAUCAAAAAGCAGUAAAGGCAAUGCCUGUUUUAACAGUGGGCUUGCAUGCACCAUACUCUUAACACAUAUCAAUAAAGCUACUAACCAAUACCAAUAGAGCAUUACAGUUCAAAAAGGCUCCUGUAUUAGAGUAAAACAUUUAGUCUAUGGAGAUUGGAGUUAAAACAAUAUAUUU